UCACCUUGGUCCUUAUUAUAUACAUUGUGACAAUAUGUGGAAACUUUUUGAUCAUCAUGUUGGUAUAUUACAGCAAGACCCUUCAUUCUCCCAUGUACUUCUUCCUCUCCCAACUCUCUGUAUCUGAUAUCAUGCUGACCACAGAUAUUGCUCCUAACAUUUUACAUAUUGCUCUACAUGAGAGGACCCCCAUAUCCUUUUCUGAUUGCAUCGCUCAAUAUUAUGUCUUUGGUUCAACAGAAGCAUUUGAAUGUUACCUUCUGACAGUGAUGUCCUAUGACCGCUAUCUAGCCAUCUGCUCCCCUCUGCAUUAUACCUCCAUUAUGAAACAAACACUUUGCAUUAAAAUAGUUCUUGCAUCCUGGAUUUUCAGCUGUUUUAUGGCAUCAAUUUCAACAUUUGCCAUAAGUCAACUAGAAUUCUGUGGACCAAAUGCUAUUGACUAUUUAUAUUGUGAUUUAAAUCCUCUUGUGGGACUUUCUUGUUCAGAUACAUCCAGGAUUCAAAUUGAAGCCAGUUUGUUGUGUAUUCCUGUGCUAAUAUUACCCUUCCUAGUGAUAGUGGUUUCAUAUACUUAUAUUGUUUUAACACUGUUAAAGAUACCUUCCCUUUCUGGAAAACAGAAAUGCUUUUCCACUUGUAGCUCCCAUCUCACUGUUGUGUUUAUAUAUUAUGGAACCCUACUUGCUGCAUAUCUGAUUCCAAAGAAAGGACAAUCACGAACGAUCAGUAAGAUAUUGCCAUUGUUGUUCACGGUUUUUACUCCCUUUAUAAAUCCUUUCAUAUACAGCUUGAGGAAUAAAGAUAUCAAGGACAGUUUAAAAAUAUUGUAUAGAAAAAAAAGUAAUUUUCAUUCAAAACAUUUGGUAAAAUAG